CUAACUGCGCUCAAAGCUUUCCUGGGCUUGCUCUGGAAUUGCUGGGUUCUGGUGGGUCACGCACAGGGAGGUUUAGGAGACAAUCAUGUCCAUUCGAGUUUUAUUUACAGGAGGCUGCGGAACCAUGAAAGAAGGGAGAUUCAGAGAGAGAUUCUCUCUAUCCUGGGUUUACCUCACAGACCCAGACCAUUUUCACCAGGAAAGCAGGCUUCUUCUGCACCCCUCUUCAUGCUGGACCUGUAUAAUGCCAUGACAAAUGAAGAGGAUUCUGAGGAGCUGGAGUAUUCACUAAAGGGAUCAAUGGCAGGGGAGAGCAGAGGGAUACGGAAAGGAUACCCUGCCUCUCCAAAUGGAUAUUCGCGGAGAAUACAAUUAUCUCGCAUGACCCCCCUGACCACACAGAAUCCUCCCUUAGCCAGCCUGCACGACACCAACUUUCUGAAUGAUGCUGACAUGGUCAUGAGCUUUGUCAAUUUAGUUGAAAGGGACAAGGACUUCUCCCACCACCGAAGGCACUACAAAGAAUUCCGCUUUGACCUCACUCAGAUCCCUCACGGAGAGGCAGUGACAGCCGCUGAGUUCCGGAUAUACAAAGAUCGGAGCAACAGCCGCUUUGAGAAUGAAACCAUUCAGAUUAGCAUAUAUCAGAUCAUCAAGGAGUAUCCCAACAGGGAUGCAGACUUGUUCCUGUUAGACACAAGAAAGGCUCAAGCUUCUGAUGUGGGCUGGUUUGUCUUUGACAUUACUGCGACCAGCAAUCACUGGGUGAUUAAUCCACAGAACAACCUGGGCUUGCAACUCUGCGCUGAAACUGGGGAUGGUCGAAGUAUCAAUGUUAAAUCUGCUGGCCUGGUUGGAAGACAUGGGCCUCAGUCAAAGCAACCAUUCAUGGUUGCAUUCUUCAAGGCAAGUGAAGUGCUUUUCCGCUCUGUCCGAGCAGCCAAUACCAAAAGGAAAAAUCAGAACCGCAACAAAUCCAGUAGUCAACAGGAGUCCUCUAGGAUGCCAAGUGUUGGGGAUUAUAACACAAGCGAACAAAAGCAAGCAUGUAAGAAACAUGAACUUUAUGUGAGUUUCCGAGACUUAGGAUGGCAGGAUUGGAUUAUUGCACCGGAGGGCUACGCUGCGUUUUACUGUGAUGGAGAGUGUUCUUUUCCCCUCAAUGCCCACAUGAACGCAACAAACCAUGCCAUUGUUCAGACUCUGGUUCACUUGAUGUUCCCUGAUCAUGUACCAAAGCCAUGCUGUGCACCAACAAAACUGAACGCAAUCUCCGUGCUCUACUUUGAUGACAGCUCCAAUGUUAUUUUAAAAAAAUACAGGAAUAUGGUGGUGCGUUCAUGUGGCUGCCACUAAAAAAAAAAUAUAUAAUCUAAAG